AUGGCAGGGCAGGGCAAGAAACCGGACUUGUCCGGAUACAACUAUGGCGCCAUAUCCUCUCUUGUGUUGACUGCUGACCGGUCAGCUCUCCCUCGUCGCGACAAGGAGCCAGAUGGUGCACCAACUUCACUCGUUGGUCGUAUUAAUCCUCGCGAUAUGGGCUCCCACGUUCAGCGCGAAACGCCCAAGGACCUCGAGAAGAAGAAAAAGAAGGCUUCAGACCGCCAAGAUGCGUCUGAGAAGCAGCCUGCCAAACGAAAGACAGAGGCCGCUGGGUUUGGGUACACCGACAUUAUCGAGGCAACCCAGGAUGUGGAGGGCCUCACUUAUCGACCCAGGACAGCCGAAACGCGCGAAGUCUACGAACUCAUCCUGUCGUCUGUCCAUACGUCCCUCGGAGACCAGGCGCAAGACGUCGUUCGGAGUGCUGCCGACAUGGUACUCGAAACGCUCAAAAACGAGAACCUGAAGGAUUUCGACAAAAAGCGCGAGAUUGAAGAAAUUCUUUCAGUCAGUGUGAACAACGAGCAAUUCUCGCAGCUUGUUAGUCUUUCGAAAAAAAUUACCGACUACGGCGCCGAAGAUGAGACCUCGGGGGACCCCGACGUCAAAAAUAUGGAACUGGAUGACGAGGUUGGAGUCGCGGUUGUGUUCGAUGAGGAGGAGCAGCAGGACGAUGACGAAGAAGAACGGUUCGACAUUGGAGAUGACUCAGACGACGAAGAAAAGGAAGCAGACGAUGGCCCUGUAGAACAAGCAGAGGAUUCGGACGAGCUUGUUAUUGGAGGCGAGUCUGCCCAAAGCAAAAAGACCAAGUCCGACAAAGAUAUCGUUUCCCCUCACGCCAUCGACGCAUUCUGGGUCCAACGUCAAGUUGCAGAAAUCUACCCUGACCCAGUCACCGCUGCCGAGAAAACAACCUCCGUUCUCUCGAUCCUCGGCUCCGAGUCGAGUUUGCGCGACUGCGAGAACCAACUGAUCGAGCUCUUCGAAUAUCAAAGCUUCCAUAUCACAACCAGAUUCCUCAAGAAUCGCGAUGUCAUCGUCUGGUGCACAAAGCUCAUGCGAAGUGAUGCCGAUGAGCGGGUUAAUGUGGAGGUUGCGAUGAGGGAAAGGGGCGUGGGUUGGAUUCUUCGCGAGCUUUCGGGGGAUCGUCAGGCUGGCAAAUCCAAGCCGUCCGAUGCUAUGGACGUCGAUGAACAGAAACACGACGUGCCCAAGACCGCCACUCUAGCCCCUGGUUCAACUCUGCAACCGAAACGGACCGUGGACCUGGAGAGUAUGAUAUUCAGCCAGGGCGGUCAUCUCAUGUCCAACAAGAAAUGCAAGCUACCAGAAGGCUCUUUCAAACGCGCCAGGAAGGGUUACGAGGAAAUCCACGUUCCCGCUCCCAAAAAGAAAGCCAUUCCCGACACGGAUUUGGUACCCAUUACGAGCAUGCCUACUUGGGCUCAACCCGCCUUCACUGUCCCACGCCUCAAUCCCGUCCAAAGCAAACUUUAUCCCAUUGCAUUUGGGACGGACGAGCCGAUCUUACUUUGUGCCCCGACUGGUGCUGGAAAGACGAAUGUCGCUAUGCUCACCAUCCUCAACGAACUCGGCAAACACCGCGACGAGGAGACGGGAAAAUUCGACCUCGAUGCCUUCAAAAUCGUUUACAUCGCCCCGAUGAAGGCGCUGGUGCAGGAGAUGGUCGGCAACUUCUCGUCGAGGUUGAAGGUUUUCGGCAUCACCGUUGGAGAAUUGACCGGAGACUCGCAAAUGACGAAACAACAAAUUGCGGAGACUCAAAUUAUCGUCACGACGCCCGAAAAGUGGGACGUCAUUACACGGAAGAGCACGGAUACCAGCUAUACGAAUCUCGUGCGACUCAUUAUCAUCGACGAAAUCCACCUACUUCACGACGAACGAGGACCUGUUUUGGAGAGCAUCAUCGCUCGAACUAUUCGAAGGAUGGAGCAGACCUCUGAGUACGUCCGCCUUGUGGGGUUGUCUGCCACUCUUCCCAAUUAUCAGGAUGUCGCCACCUUCCUGCGUGUCGACGACAAGAAGGGUCUUUUCUACUUCGAUUCGACCUACAGACCUUGUGGACUGCAACAACAAUUCAUUGGUGUCACAGAGAAGAAGGCGAUCAAGCGAUACCAGAUCACCAACGAGGUCUGCUACGAGAAGGUGCUGGAUCAAGCGGGUAAAAACCAAACCCUGGUCUUCGUGCAUUCUCGCAAAGAAACCGCAAAGACGGCCAAGUUUUUGCGCGAUAUGGCCGUCGAGAAGGAAACAAUCACCCAAUUUGUCAAACCUGACGCUGCCGUCCGCGAAAUUUUGACCGAGGAGGCCAACAACGUCAAGGACAGCAAUUUGCGCGACCUCCUUCCUUUUGGUUUUGGUAUUCACCAUGCCGGAAUGUCUCGAGAAGACCGUGGACUUGUCGAGGAGCUGUUCGCCGAUGGAUCGUUGCAGGUUCUUGUUUGUACUGCAACGCUUGCUUGGGGGGUCAACUUGCCGGCGCAUACUGUCAUCAUCAAGGGCACCCAAAUAUACAACCCUGAGAAAGGGCGUUGGGUCGAACUCUCUUCUCAAGAUGUGCUCCAAAUGCUUGGGCGUGCUGGUCGACCACAAUACGACACGUACGGCGAGGGCAUCAUCAUUACCAACCACUCCGAGCUGCAAUAUUACUUGAGUCUGUUGAAUCAGCAGCUCCCGAUCGAGUCGCAAUUCGUCUCUAAGCUGGCGGACAACCUCAAUGCAGAAAUAGUCCUCGGAACGAUCAGAAACCGAGACGAAGCGGUCCAGUGGAUCGGCUACACCUAUCUUUAUGUUCGCAUGCUGAAAUCCCCAGGGCUGUAUGGUGUCGGGGUUGACUACCAAGACGACGAUGUCGGGUUGAUCCAAAAGCGAGCCGACAUUGUCCAUUCUGCCGCCGUCCUGUUGGAGAAAUGUCAGCUGCUCAAGUACGAACGGUCCUCAGGCCGGUUCCAGAGCACUGAGCUUGGUCGCAUCGCGUCACAUUACUACGUGACCUACAACUCGAUGAUGACGUACAACCAACAUCUGCGGCCAACGAUGUCGACCCUCGAACUUUUCCGGGUCUUCGCCUUGUCAAAUGAAUUCAAGCUUCUUCCCGUUCGACAAGAGGAAAAACUGGAGCUGGCGAAACUUCUCGAGAGGGUCCCGAUUCCUGUCAAAGAAAGUGUCGAAGAGCCUGCUGCGAAGAUUAACGUUCUUUUGCAGGCGUACAUCUCGCAGUUGAAACUGGACGGCUUUGUGCUCGUUGCGGAUAUGGUUUUUGUGCAACAAUCUGCGGGGCGUAUAUUGCGCGCUAUGUUUGAGAUCUGUUUGAAGCGCGGUUGGGCCGUUCCUGCCAGGGCAGCCUUGGACCUCUGUAAAAUGGUCGAAAAGCGCAUGUGGGGCUCCAUGACUCCCUUGCGACAAUUCAAAGGUGUGCAGUCAGAUAUUAUUCGAAAGGCGGAGGGAAAGCAAUUCCCUUGGUAUCGCUAUUUCGACUUGACACCACCGGAAAUUGGAGAGCUCAUCGGUAUCCCUAAUGCGGGUCGACUGGUGCAUCGACUUGUGCAUAACUUCCCAAAGCUUCAAUUGCAAGCACAAGUUCAGCCAAUCACCCGCUCGCUUCUUCGGAUUGACCUGUCCAUAAUCCCCGAUUUCAGAUGGGACGAGAAGAUCCAUGGUGGCGCUGAAACCUUCAUCAUCAUGGUCGAAGAUGUGGACGGCGAAAUCAUCCUCUUCCAUGACUCGUUCAUCCUGCGUCAACGUUAUGCCGAGGACGAGCACAACGUGACACUGACUGUGCCUAUGUUCGAGCCCGUGCCCCCCAACUACUACAUCUCCGUUAUCUCAGAUCGUUGGCUACAUGCAGAAACUCGCUUGCCAAUCUCGUUCAAACAUCUCAUUCUCCCCGAAAAAUUCCCUCCACCAACGCCACUCCUCGAUCUGCAAGCUUUACCUUUGUCGGCCCUCCACAACAAAGAGUUCGAAGCUAUAUAUUCUUCCUCUCUCAAGACCUUCAACAAAAUUCAGACCCAAGUGUUCCAAGCCCUCUAUACCACGGACGAGAAUGUUUUCAUAGGCGCCCCUACGGGUAGCGGCAAGACUAUUUGCGCCGAAUUUGCUCUAUUACGACUUUGGAGUAAACGAGAACAACAACGCGCAAUCUGCAUUGAACCGUAUCAAGAGAUGGUUGAUAUGCGUGUUCGAGAGUGGCAGGAUAAGUUUUCACGUGUGCAGGGUGGGAAGGAGAUUGUGAGUCUCACUGGGGAGACCAGCGCGGACCUGCGCUUAUUGGAGAAGGGCGAUGUAAUUGUUUGCACACCGACACAGUGGGACGUUAUAUCUCGACGAUGGCGUCAACGAAAAAACGUUCAGAACAUUGGACUACUCAUCGCCGACGAGGUUCAGCUAGUCGGUGGUGAAGUUGGGCCCACGUACGAGGUCGUUAUCUCUCGCACGCGUUACGUCGUCGAGCAAACGGAAAACAAAACCCGCAUUGUCGCUUGUGGUGUCUCUCUUGCCAAUGCACGAGACCUGGGUGAAUGGAUAGCUGCGCCUUCACACGCCAUCUUCAACUUCUCACCAAGUGCUCGUCCACUCGAUAUGGAUAUUCAUAUCCAGUCAUUCACCAUCCCACAUUUCCCCUCACUCAUGAUCGCCAUGUCGAAACCAGCUUACCUCGCAAUCGUUGAAUACUCACCCACGAAGCCGGUCAUCGUGUUUGUACCUUCACGUCGCCAGUGCCGCCUCACCGUUGACGACCUCCUCACCCACUGUGCUGCUGACGAUAAGCCUGACCGCUUCUUAAACGUUGACGACAUCUCUGUUUUGACGCCACAUCUCGAUAACAUCACCGACCGCGAGCUGGUUGAAUGUUUGAAACACGGUAUCGGAUACUACCAUGAAGCUCUGACCAAGCAAGAUAAGCGUAUCAUGCAGCGGUUAUUCGAGGCUGGUGCCAUUCAAGUCUUGGUAGCUUCAAGGGACACAGCCUGGAGUCUCCCAGUAGCGAGUUACCUCGUCAUUAUCAUGGGCGUGCAGUCCUACGAAGGCAGAGAGCAUCGAUAUAUCGACUACCCUGUCAUGGACGUCCUGCAAAUGAUGGGCCGCGCCUGUCGGCCUCUCGAAGACGAGCGCAGUCGCUGUGUGCUCAUGUGCCAACAAACGAGGAAGGAAUUCUACAAGAAAUUCCUCGCCGAGGGUUUGCCAAUCGAGUCGCAUCUCCCAACCCACUACUUGCACGACUACUUCCUUGCUGAAAUCGCGGUCAAAACGAUUGAGAACAAGCAGGACGCGAUGGACAUUCUGACGUGGACAUAUUUCUAUCGACGCAUGACGCAAAAUCCAAACUACUAUAAUCUCCACAAUGUCAGCCAUCAACACUUGUCCGACCAUCUGUCCGAGAUGGUCGAAAACACGCUGAACGACCUUGUGAAUUCGAAGUCAAUUUCCAUCGAGGACGAGAUGGAUGUGUCCGCGCUCAACCUUGGUAUGAUUGCUGCCUACUACAACAUCUCAUACGUCACCAUCGAGGUUUACACGUUGUCGUUGAAGGAGCGCACGAAACUCAAAGGAAUCCUCGAAGUUGUGUCUUCGUCUGCCGAAUUCGAGAGUAUCCCCAUCCGCCGUCACGAAGAAGCGCUACUUCGUCGAAUCUACGACCGCGUUCCAGUCAAACUGGAGAAGGCCGACUUCGAAGCUCCGCACUUCAAGACUUUCUUAUUACUCCAAGCACACUUCUCUCGUAUCCAAUUGCCACCAGAUCUUUCUGCAGAUCAGGCGCUGGUACUUGAAAAAGUGCUCAACCUUCUCUCCGCAUGUGUUGACGUUAUGUCGUCCAAUGCCUGGUUGAGUGCACUUGGCGCAAUGGAUCUCUCGCAAAUGUGUGUCCAGGCAGUGUGGGAAACGGACUCGCCGUUGAAACAGAUACCACACUUCGAGCCCGAUGUCGUUUCGCGCUGCAAGGAGGCUGGCAUCGAGUCCGUCUACGACGUCAUGGAGAUGGAAGACGACACUCGCAGCAAACUGCUGCAAAUGACAUCCGCCCAGAUGAAAGAUGUUGCGGUGUUCGUCAACUCCUAUCCAACACUUGAUGUGUCGCACGAGCUGGUGAAAGGCGACUAUACUGCUGGGGCGCCUAUCGUUUUGCAAGUCGCGCUAUCCAGAGAUGUCGAUGAAGAUGACGAGGCGGGCGACCAGGAUGUGAUUGCGCCAUUCUAUCCCACGAAGAAGCUUGCCAACUGGUGGCUUGUGGUUGGCGACUCGAGUACACGCAAGCUGCUUGCUAUCAAGCGUGUCACUGUGAACAAGAGUCUGGCGGUCAAGCUCGAAAUCACGCUUCCCAAGGGCACACACUCGCUGAAGCUCUAUGUCAUUUGCGACUCGUACCUCGGCGCAGACCACGACAUCAGUUUGGAUCCCAUUGAGGUGGCUGAGGGUGAAGACAGCGACAGUGACGACGACAGCGGAGACGAAAUGGAAGAAUAG